AUGGAGGUUGACGGUGAUACGAGUGUUGGAAAUCGAAAACGGAAAAGAGGGUCGUUGAAAACAAAGCUUCUGGUGAAUGAAAAAGUUGAGCUGAGGAGUUUGGAAGAUGGUUUUCUGGGAUCAUGGCAUCCGGGGAAGAUUAUCCGCCGCGCAAGGACUAAGCGUUAUGUUAAAUAUGACAAUAUUCUAAAUGACGAUGAAUCGGAUUACAUUGUUGAUGUUGUGAGUGUUUCUAGUGUUUUGGAUGGUGUAGUUGAUUCUGCUUCUGCUUCUGCUUCAGAUUGUGGUUACAGACGUGGACUGAUUAGACCAGUCCCGCCUCCGAUCGAGUUAGAGAGAAUGGAUCUUCUAUUCGGAUUUUGCGUUGAUGUGAAUUAUCAGGAUGCUUGGUGGGAAGGUGUGAUAUUUGAUUGCUGCAAUGGAUUGGAGGAGAGGAGCAUAUUCUUCCCUGAUUUAGGUGAUGAAAUGAAGGUUGGAGUUAAACAGUUGAGGAUCACUCAGGAUUGGGAUGAAUCAACUGAGAAUUGGUUACCAAGAGGGAAAUGGGCGUUUCUUGAGUUGUUUGAGGAGUGUGAGACGGUGUCCUAUGUUGCAAUCUCGGUUAAACAGAUUUGGUAUGAUGUUAGGAUGAGAAAGGAUUAUGCUGAGACCAUUGGAGAAUGGACUUGUAAUGUGAAAGAAUUGUGGAGAGACCUUGUUGUGGAGGUGAUUGGUGAGUACUAUACCAUCACGCUUAACGAGGUUCGGCCCGUCUUAAACCUUCCGAAGAAUUUACUCGAAGGAGGGUCAUCUGAACCAACUGAUAAUGUUCACAUUGAAGCUAAUCAUGGUAAUGCGUCUGGUUCUGAAGUUGGAACAUCUGAUAGGCCUAAGGAAAAUGCUGAUUCUUCAAACUUGUUGGAUGCAAAUCAAAACUGUGGUAAGACUAGCGUCAUUCCUUUGGCGGAUGGAGACUGUGAGAAGCAAAUUAUUUUACAUGAAGAUCUCGAAUCAGAUAAGAAUAGAAAACGGAGACGUUCUGCGUCUAUAAUUUGGCAACCUCUGAGACUGUCUGAAGUUGAAUUCUGUCCUGAAGUUAUUCAUGAGUAUGCAGUUGGAUGUAGGAGCAAGACAGUUCGGGAAACUUUGAAGACGAAAGUAAGGAAACAUCUUGCGUUUCUUGGUUGGACAAUUGAGUGGACCGAAGACAAUUGUCAUAAUAGUAGACGAUACCGGUACAUUUCACCGGAUAAGUGUGACCAGAAGUGUUACUCUUCGAUUUUUCUAGUUACUCAAGUUUUGCAAAAGCAUCCCGACAUGAACUCUGUGCUGCCCCAGAUUGACAGAAAUCUUUCACAUCGGUUCUCUGAUCCGCUCCGAAAGAACAAUGAUCUAGAUGUUUGUCCUCCAACCACUGAGCCUUCUCCAGUUAAAGAUCAACUUGAACCAGAACUCUGUCCUCUAGCCGUCGUAAAAUAUUACUUGCACACAUUAGAGAGAAACUCGGCUGAGAAGAGAGAGUGGAAAUUGAAGGCGAAAAAACAUCUAUUAGCAGAAGGAUGGAUCUUUGACUACCCAACUGGAAGAAGGAGGGCAACUUUGUACAAGUCUCCACAAAAUCAUUGUUUACGCACACUUCGAGGUGCAUGCAGGCUGCACAUUAAAGAAAAAAUUCCUGAAUGGACUGAUUCAGACCAUGUUGAUGGUGAUGCUCUAUUGCUGAGUGUGUUCCAAUUGCUUCAAGAAGAGCCUGAAUUACAAACUAUAGAUGAUUCAUCACAAACUGCAAAGAGAAACCGUAAAGGCGCAAGGAGUUCAAAGAGUAGUGCACAAAAGAAUCUAGAGAAGGAAGUACCUAACCGUAGAGGUGCAAGUACUUCAAAGGCUAGUGCACAAAAGGAUCAAGAGGAGGAAGAACUUACCCGGGUGCUAAGAUCAAGCAAAAGGGUGCAGAAGGUUUUCGGUUUGUCACAUCAAAAGCCUCAAAAUAUUGUGUCUUGGUUAAUAGGUUGUAACAUUGUGUUGCCAAGAUACAAGGUCUAUUACUGGGAAACAGAAGGCAGAAACUCACCUACAUUUGAGGGAAGGAUUACUAUAGAAGGAAUUAAGUGUUCAUGUUGUCAGAAUGUAUUUGGACUCAGCGGCUUUGCAAACCAUGCUGGUGGAAGCAGUAACCGCAGGCCUUCGGAGUGUAUCUUUUUGAAGGAUGGUAGGUCACUGUUAGAUUGCAUGAGGGAAGUAAUGCAUGAUCACAGGUCAAGGGAAGCCAAAGAGAAACAAUGCAAUAAUCCGUUUGAAGGAGAAAAUGACAACAUUUGUUCUGUUUGUAACUAUGGUGGUGAACUUAUUUUAUGCGACCAAUGCCCAUCGUCGUUUCAUAAGAAGUGUCUUAAUUUGGAGGGCAUCCCUGAUGGUGAUUGGUUUUGUCCAUCAUGCCGUUGCGGAAUUUGUGGCGAAAACAGAAUUGAAGAGAAAGAAGAUGGACAUUUUCUUACUUGCGUUCAAUGUGAACAUAAAUAUCAUGUUGAGUGCCUCAGAAAUAGACCAAAAGAUAACUCGAGACGAUAUAUGAAAAAUUGGUUCUGCAGAGAAGAGUGUGAAAGGGUCUACAUCGGGCUCCAAAAUCUAUUGGGAAAGCCGGUUUUAGUGGGCGAGGACAAUCUAACUUGGACAUUGGUGAAGUAUGUCAACUCUGAGAGUUGUGGUGUUGGCAGUGCUGAAAAUGAUCUAGUGGCAGAGAGUUACAGCAAACUAAGCGUUGCACUUUCGGUGAUGCACGAAUGCUUUGAACCCUUACCAAACGCCUUCUCUAGCAGAGAUAUCGUGGAAGACGUUAUAUUUAACCAAAGGUCGGAGCUAAACAGACUAAACUUCCAGGGUUUCUAUACCGUACUGCUAGAGAGGAAUGAAGAACUAAUCAGUGUGGCAACUAUAAGGAUAUUUGGGGACAAGAUAGCUGAAGUUCCUCUAGUGGGUACCAGAUUUCAGUAUAGACGACUUGGAAUGUGUCGUGUUUUAAUGGACGAGCUUGAAAAGAAGCUAAAGCAUCUGGGAGUGGAGAGACUAGUCUUACCUGCUGUACCUGGUGUACUAGAAACAUGGACCAAUUCUUUUGGUUUCAAGCAGAUGACUAAUUUCGAGAGAUCACAGUUUAUAGGCUAUUCUUUCCUAGACUUUCAGGGAACUACCAUGUGCCAGAAACUGUUAACAAGACUUCCAUCUCCGGAAUCGGGCGUAACAAGAGACACUACUCCAAAACAACAAGACCUUGGCUUCUCAGUUAAAUGUAGAAUAAAUUUUGAAAAAGCUAGUCCAGGAUCAGAAGUGGAUCAAGCAGAAAGGACAGGAAAAAUGGAGUUACAAGUUUUGGAGACCUAUGCCUAG